CCCACACUUGAUGGAAGAGGGAGAAGGCUGCUUCUGCUUCUGCUGCUGUUCUUCGUAUUGGCGUAGAGAUCAGAAAGCAGCAUGAAAUAUAUGUUAAUAGUGGAUAGGAGACACGGUGGGAAAAAGUACUUUGUCUCAGCUCCUUCACCUUCCUCGAUAAAUAGUAACAUCCCUGUUCAAAUAGUUUAGUAGCAUGCCCUUUUGACGGUGCAUUAAAUAUGCCGGAGAACAUAUGUAUAACAGGCUAUAUAUGAGAGAGGCUCUACUCGACAUGACAAUAGCAGAGGAGAUCGCCCUCCCCCGGUCUGCAGCUGGUCGGAUGGCAACGGCAGGGAAUGGGAGGGAGGAAGAAGGGAAGAAGAAGAAGAAGAAGAGAAAGCAGGGGGGCCUUAAGACCAUGCCAUUUGUACUAGGUGAGCUGUGAUGAUGCCCUUUCUUGUCACCUAUCUAUCUCACUCAUUGGUCACUGAUCUCUGCGUACCAUCUUUCAUCUCUGUUGAUCUAACGCCAUUGCAAAUGAAGCCUGCGACCGAUUCGCCACCACCGGAUUCAAUGCCAACAUGAUCACCUACUUGACGCAGCAGCUGCACAUGCCCCUGGUGCAGGCCUCCAACACCCUCACCAACUUCAGCGGCACCUCUAGCCUCACCCCGCUCGUCGGCGGCCUCAUCGCUGACUCCUUCGCCGGCCGGUUCUGGACCAUCACCAUCGGCUCCGUCAUCUACCAGCUGGGCAUGAUCAGCCUCACCGUGUCGGCAAUCCUCCCAGCAUUCCGCCCGCCGCCCUGCACCGGCCCUGCAGCGUGCGCACGCGCGUCCGCGUGGCAGCUCGUGGCCCUCUACGUCUCCCUCCUCUUCACGUCGAUCGGGACCGGCGGCAUCAGGCCGUGCGUUGUGGCCUUCGGGGCCGACCAGUUCGGCAUCCAACACGGGCGUCGGCCCGACGCCGGGGGGUGGAACUUCUUCAACCUCUACUUCUUCAGCAUGCAGGUGGCGGUGCUGACGGCCUUGACGGCGGUGGUGUACGUCCAGGACAAUGUGGGAUGGGGAUGGGGGCUGGGCAUCCCCACCAUAGCCAUGUGCAUCUCCGUCGUGGCCUUCGUGAUGGGUUACCCGCUCUACAUCAAGAUGAAGCCCGGGGGGAGCCCUUUGACCAGGUUGACCCAGGUCGUGGUUGCCGCCUUCCGGAAGCGGAAUGCAGUCAAACCAGCCGAUCCGCGCCUCUUGUACGACGACGAGGAGCUCGACGCCGCCAUCUCCACCAAUGGAAGACUGCUCCACACCCAUCAGCUAGGGUUCUUGGAUCGAGCCGCGAUCGUGACCGAGGGCGACAUGGUGGACUCCGGCAGGCCGAGGCUGUGGACGCUCUCGACGGUCCACCGGGUGGAGGAGCUGAAGUCGAUCAUCCGGAUGAUACCCAUCUGGGCCGCCGGGAUCCUGACCAUCACCGCAUCCUCCCACAACCACAGCUUCGCGAUCCAGCAGGCGAGGACGAUGGACCGCCACCUCGCGCCGCGGUUCCAGAUCCCAGCGGCCACCCUGUCCAUCUUCUCCACGCUCACCAUGCUCCUCAGCCUCGCCUUGUACGACCGCGUCUUCGUCCCCGUCGCCCGUCGGUUCACGCGGCGGCCGUCGGGCAUCACGUACCUCCAGCGCAUCGGCAUCGGCAUGGCCGUCGGACUAUUGGCCAACGUGGCCGCCGCGCUCGUGGAGGCGAAGCGGAAGGGGGCGGCCGCCGACCACGGGCUGUUGGAUCAGCCGAAAGCGGUGGUGCCCAUCAGCGUUUUCUGGCUGGUGCCGCAGUAUGCCAUCCACGGGCUAGCCGAGGCAUUCACGUCGGUGGGUAACAUGGAGUUCCUCUACGACCAGGCGCCGGAGAGCAUGAGAAGCACGGCGGCGGCGCUGUUCUGGCUCGCCAUGUCGAUCGGGAACUACACGGGCACCUUCUUAGUGACCGUGGUGCACCACUGCACCAGCAAGGGAGGCGACUGGCUGCAAGACAACAUCAACAGGGGGAAGUUAGAUUACUACUACUGGCUGGUGACGGGGUUACAGGUUCUCAACUUGGGUUACUACAUCACCUGUGCAAUGUUGUACACUUACAAGCCACUGGAAACUAUGGCCGGAGCGGAGGAUGAAGAAUCUGGCGGCGAUGAUGGUGCAGAGCUCACUGCCGUCAAACAUGGAGAAGAUUAAGGGCACACCCACAUAGGUUAUCACUGUUACGGUGCGUUAUUCAUUGGACUCCAUAGCUGGCCUUGGCCUUGCUGAACAUUGUGAUGCAUGCAGGCUGUAGAUUCUGCAUGGGAGAGUAAAUGAAGCAAAGCAGGAAAAAUGAUAAG